AUGUUUUCAAAAGAGGAAAGAGAAAAAUUGUUGGAGAAGUGCAUAGAAAUAGAAAAAAUCAUCAAAAGAAAUAUCGAUUUGAUUCCGAUCGAAAAUUGGCAUUUCGAUGAUGAAACGAUUGAAGAGCUUCGUGAACAGAAACACAAAAUUGUUAAUGAACAUUUAACAAGCGAACAAAAACAGAAACUCAGUAAAGCUUCCAAGCAGCGACUGGCACGCGAAAUAGGUGUAAAUUGUCAGAAAAUCACCGAUGUUCUGGACUGGAUGGCGAAAAAUUGUGUUAAUACAAAACCUGUUAAGCGUGUAAUAAUUCCCAAAGCGAUGAGGGAACUGAAAAAAACCAGAAACGCGAAUACAGAAAAAAGUAAGUCAAUCGAUUCUGAAGUUUCAGACGCCAGCAAUUCGACGAGGCCUUUCGCUGGGGUAUUAAACGGAAGUUUCGUAAAUGGGACAGCAUGUGCUAGUAAUAACCGAAAAAGAAUGCUAGCAAUCCGAGAUAACACAACGGGUAAUAUAGAAAGUAGCUCAUCUUUCGCAGCCACUUCCAUCGUAGCACCAGACGAUGCUUUGGAAGGCCGUAAGUUAGCUCUUAAGAAACUGCAAGAAAAAUUGGAGCAGUUUAAAGCACAAAGGCGUGGUAAGAUGACAGCAUACGAGUAUGAAGAAAAACGGAAAUUGAAACGGCGCAUGAGUAAACUGAAGAUGAAGGAAAGAAGGACAGAUGCUAAACAACAGAUAAAAAAUUCUAAACUACCAUCAGAUGAAUCAAUACUGAACAAACGCGUAAAAUUAGAAAAUGAAUUGAAACCAGAAAAAAUGGAAGAAAAAGAUGACAAAUUGAUUUUUUCAAAAUUUGAUUUCAUUGUGAGAGAUGAAAAGCAGAAAGAAACAAAAAAAGACAAGCGAGAUAAGUUCGCCGGUAAAGACUAUAAGCGAUUGCUUCAAAAGGCUGAGAAAAGGGAAGAAAGAUUAGAACAGAUACGAUCGAAGAAUCCUGAAAAGGCUUUGAGAAUUGAAAAUAACAUCCAGUGGAAGAAAGCAUUAAGUCGUGCUGAAGGGCAGAAAGUUAAGGAUGAUCCGGAUCUUUUGAAAAAAAGUUUAAAGAAGAAGGAAAAAAUAAAAGAAUGGAGGAAAAAGAAAUGGGCAAAUCGUGUCGAGCAUACGUUGCAAAUGCAAGCUCGAAAGCAAGAAAAACGAUCUGCAAAUAUCCAGGCUCGUAAAGAUAUCACCAAAAAAAGAAAGAUACAAAAAGCUCGAAAGAAGGGAAGAAUAUUGUGA